AUGGAUGAAGAACCAGAUAUACCCAAUCUGGAAUCCAUUCCGCAACACAUUGCAGAGAAACUCCUGCAACUAGGCAAACUUGUUCCAAGGCAAAAGUUAAAUGCAGUAAAUUUGUCAGACACUCAAGUAUCUCUCCUAACGAGCCUCAUUGAAGACAGCUUGGAUCCAGCUAACAAAGGUCUCAUAGAAAUUCUCGCCAAGAGUACAAACGUUUGUCCUGCCACCUUAUAUAAUUACCGUAAAAAAUACGAACUUGACCCAGAAUUUAACCCAAAGACGGCUGCAUCUUUGAUCAAUCGUGCUAUCAGUGAUCACGGUGAAGAAUUGUUAGCCAAUUACAUCAUCAAAGAAUUCAUCGAAAAAAAAUUCUUCUUUAACACCCAAAUGUGCAGAGUGCUUGUCAAGAUGUUCAUAAAGGCUUACCCUAACGAGAUUCUCAGAAACGAUU